AUGUCUGUACGAGUAGUGGCCCGAAUCCGUCCGUUACUAGACGGUGAGCACGAAAAGGACAUCAUCGUCCGCGCAGACAGCACCGAGACUGGAAAGCCCAAUACGAUUGUCAAGAUUCCUAGCCCCAAAAAUGGCGCCGAGGAGUUUUCGUUUACCUUCAACAGCGUCUACGACCAGUCGGCGUCACAGGAGGCCCUCUUUACUUCAGAAGUGCAACCGCUUCUCAAGUCGCUCUUCCAAGGACUCGAUGUCACCAUUUUCGCAUACGGCGUUACCGGCACCGGCAAGACGCAUACCAUGCGCGGCGGCCUCAAGCUGGCUGACCGUGGCGUAAUCCCCCGUUUGCUGAGCGGCGUCUUUCGGCGUGGCAAAAAGAUUGCCAAGGACACGGGCGACGAGACGAGCGUUGUCGUGGCAUUGUCCUACUACGAAAUUUACAACGACAAAGUUUUUGACUUGUUGGAGCCGCUGGACCAGCGGACGCCGAUGGGCCUGCCGCUGCGCGCCGAGGCCAAUGGCCGCACCGUCGUGUGCGGCUUGACGGAGCGCCACUGCGACGACCUCCGUGACUUUGAGAAGAUGUACAUCGAGGCUAACAACAACCGCGUCACGGCCGCCACUAAGCUCAACGCCCACAGCAGCCGCAGCCACGCCAUCCUGCGCGUCAAGGUGACGCAGACGGGUCCUGGCUGGACCCGCGAGAGCACCGCCUCGGCGAUUGAUCUCGCUGGUUCAGAAGACAAUCGACGGACUGACAAUGGCAAGGAGCGGCUCGUCGAGUCGGCGGCCAUAAACAAGAGCCUGUUUGUACUGAGUCAGUGUAUCGAUGCCAUCUCACGCGGCGACCGCCGCAUCCCCUACCGCGAGUCGAAGAUGACGCGUAUCCUGUCCCUCGGCCAGAACAACGGCAUCACCGUCAUGAUCCUCAACCUGUCGCCGCUACGCAGCUACCACCUCGACACCCUAAGCAGUCUCAAUGUCAGCUCGCGCGCCAAGCGCAUCGAGGUCCGCGAGAUUGAAAACGAGGUUGUCUACAAGCAGUUCCCCAAGACCAAUGUCUCUUCCCACAGCGGACUGGGCGGUGGCAAGCGUCAGCCGCUGCAGCCACUCGCCAACGCGCACAAUGUCCAGAGCGGCAACGCGGCGGCGGCGCGCCCCAUCAAGGCGUUUAACGUGUAUACCGACGAGCUGAAGCCCAUUCCCACUUCGCGGGCCUCGCUCGCCACGUCGGACAUUCUCCGCAAGACUAGCCCUGCGAAGCGUGCCUCGGAACAGGAAUCUGCCACGUCGCGCCCCUCAAAACUGGCACGGCCGUCGCUGCUGCCGGCGUCGCUGGCAUCGUCGGGCGCAGGAAGCACCAGCCACGGAUCCAUCACCAUGUCGGCGGCACAGAUCGAAGCCAUGGUAGAAAAGAAGGUAGCCGAGGUGCUCGCCGCGCGCAUGGCCGCUGAGCAAAAGACUACGACUGUCAUGGCGCCGCCACCGCCACCACGACCGAGCGGCCAUGACGCUAUGCAGAGGCGUCUGGAGGCGCUAGAGCGCCGUAUAGAGGCCGACGAGCGUCGCGAGGACUCCAAGUCGGAUGGUCUGCGGUACCUGCUGUCGGCGCGUCAGCACAAGGAGAGCGGCGACGAGGCGUCGGCACUCAAGGCGUACGAGAUGGCGCUGCCGUUCUUUCCCGGUCAAGCCAAGCUGAUUGGCAAGAUCACGCGACUGCGCUCCCGGCUCGGCAUGCCGCCCAUGGCGCCGUCUGCGCCCAUGGCUGCGGCGGUGGCGGCAGCCCAGGCAGCGGACGACGACACGACGUGCGUUUUGGGCCAAGCGGCGAUGGACAGACGGCGCAUGUCGAGGCUGCCCGUCAUCCACGACUCGGCGAGCGAUCUCACGGCAAACCUGGACGUGACGAGCACGAUUUCUUUUGAUUACAAUGCGCGGCGGGCGAGGCGCAUGUCGCGAUUCAGCGUGCAUCCCAUGCCUGCCAACUGA